ACAGUCAUCUUCCAUCAAAGCGAAACCCCUCUCUCUCUCUCUCUCUCUCUCUCUCUCUCUUCAUCACUGCACACUGCACCUCUCUGCUCCCACAUGCGACAACCCACCACCAUACAAGCAAUCACAGUCACAGACCCCUCUCUCUCUCUCUCUCCCCACUAAGAAAAUUCAUCGUCGUUUUGCGGUAAUUGAUGGCCAAAACAGCACAAUGAUGGAUUCAUCAGAGACACCUCAUUGCACUGACAUUACCAGUAACUGAGAGAGAGACCUCUUCAUUUUCUUCACCUCUCUUCUUCUUCUUCUUCUUCUUCUUCUUCUUCAUCAAUGAAGAUCUCUUCCAAGUCAAUCCUCAGCCCAUGCAGAGGCAGAAACACACCCAUCUGUCUCUCCACCUCUCUCAGCCGCAGACUCAGAACCAACACAAGCCUCAAAGGGGGCCAAUCUCCGAUGUUCCCCACCUCCGGCAAGAAGCGAGGCUGCGCAUUGGAAAACCCAGGCGAGCCUUCGUCUCCCAAGGUGACCUGCAUUGGGCAAGUUCGUGUGAAGACGAAGAAGAAACAAGGGAAGCGAAUGAGAGGAGGUGAAGUGGGUGUGGGUUUUGGAAGAGUUGAGCAGAGUCGUGAAGGGUUCAACAACAACAACCACCCAAAUCAGAUUCAGAAUCAGGAGUGCUUGAAACACAGAAAUCAGAGGUGGGUUCAUCUUCCAUUGUCGAUUUGUGAAGCUUUGAGAGGAUUUGGGUCUGAAUUCAGCUGUUUGUUUCAAUGCGGAAGAGAAAAGGAAGAAAAAACAGAGGCAGGAGAGAGGAGUCUGAGAAGACAUGUGGAUUUGGGGGAGAAGAUAGAGAUCGAAGAAGAGAAAUGGGAAGUGAAUGAUUGUAUUGUUGAGGAAGAGGAAGAGGAAGAGGAAUCGAGAGUGAGCAUUUGUAUUCCUCCCAAGAAUGCUCUGUUGUUGAUGAGAUGUAGAUCUGAUCCGAUGAGAAUGUCAGCUCUCACCAAUCGUUUAUGGGAAUUACAAUCUGCUCCUGAAGGUGAAGAAGAAGACAAUGAUGAUCAUGAACAGAUUGAAAUGUCUGAGAAUUUGACUUCAAUUACAGCUAAUGAAGAAGAAGAAGAAGAUGCAGAUGAAGAUUUAGUUAUGGAGGUACAAGAAGGUGAAGAGAAAGAAAACCCAGAAGAUAAAUUAGAGAUUAUCCAAGAAGAAGAUGAUAAUGAAGAAGAAGAAAAGCAACAAGUGAGUUCUUUAUCUGAAGCAUUUGCAGAUCCUGAGAAAUUGGAAAAUGAAGAAGAAGAAAAAGAAGAUGCUUCAAAUUUGAUUCAAGAAAGAGAAAGCCAUCACUCUUCAAGUACAGAAGAUGAAACAGAGGAGAAAGAGACCCAAGAGAGAUUGGAGUCAGAGGAGAGAGAAAGAGAAAGCCAUGAGAAUCUAGAGAGCGAAAAUAAGGAGGAGGAGAGAGAGAGGAGAUCAGUGUUGCCGGACUGUUUGCUUCUGAUGAUGAGAGAGCCAAAGCUAUCAAUGGAGGUUUCGAAGGAGACAUGGGUGUGUAGUACGGACUUCAUCAGAUGGCUACCAGAGAGGCCAGUCAACACAAAGGACGGCUCUGAUGAUCCCAAAAAAAGGAUCAGCAUUGACUCUAAUAAUCCUGCGCCGCCGCGGUCCUCCUGCUCUUUUCCGGCGCCGGCGUCUAUGUCUAUGGCGGCAAUGAUUGAGCAUAAGCUAGCGUGCGAGCCGCUUGUACUGAAGCGCUGCAAGUCGGAACCGAGGAGGUCGGCGGCGGCUAAGCUCGCUCCGGAGACAUGUUUCUGGAAGAAUAGGAACCUUGAGCCGCAUCGGAGAGCCACGUUCGGUGUCGGCGCGGCUGGGGUUGGGUUUUGAGUGGAGCUGAUAGAAGGGGAAUUGACUGGGUGUGGGCGGUCGUAUGGGAAAACUGUAGUAUUGUAGUGCUUUUUCUUCUAUGGCAUGUUUGUAAUUAUAUUUUGAAUAAAUCUUCAUCUACAAACACUUUCUUACUACACACUGGUCAUGGUCGAUUCCGGGGGCACAAUUAACAUUUUUCAUUUAUGGUUGAAACUCACCGUAUUAGAUUU